AAGCAACAUGGAGGUGAGGAGGAACAGAAGGGGCGCUGGCUCCUCCAAAACAUCGAAAAAAGAUAACAAUGGUGUCAAGGCACAGAGUGCUGAAGAACAAGCAAGAAGGAGAGAAGCUCUGAGGGAGAAAUUGGAGCUGGAGAAGAGGGCUCUGCAGGUGGUGGAGCGCCUCCUGGAGGACAGUGUGCUGGAAGAUUACCUGACUGACUGUACUCAGCUUAUCACUCCUGCUCAUUACAGAGAUGUUAUAGAGGAGCGAUCCAUCGUUAAACUCUGUGGUUACCCUGUUUGCCCAAACCACCUGGGCAAAAUCCUAUCACAACAGUACAAAAUUUCAACGAAGACCAACAAGGUGUAUGACAUCACUGAGCGCAAGUGUUUUUGCAGUAAUUUCUGUUACAAAGCCUCCAAACAGUUUGAACUGCAAAUAUCGAAGACGCCUCUGUGGCUUAGGCAGCAUGAGCGGCCUGCACAAGUUACUUUGAUGAAGAAAGGAGACCGUGGUAGCGCUGGAGAGGAGGUCAACCUGUCAGAGCGUCCUCUUCAGGAAAAGGAUGUUGAAAACCCUCUGACUGACCCUGAGGAGUCUCAUGGCUCUCUGAAACAUACGGACCACUUCAGCCAGGAUGACAGCAGCGAUGCUGAACAGGAGCAGGAAUUUGUUUCCAGUGUGGUCCCUCAGAAACGAGGACCCAGAGUCCACUGGGGCAACUUGCCUAAAAGAAUGCACGAAGGACAGAAAGAAGCUCAAGGACAGACUGAAAAACAAAGUGAACUGACCCAAGGGCAAGAUGAAGACAUGAUCCUGCUUAGUCAAAGCCAGAAUGAAGAGGCAGAGGGAAACGGGAGGAGUGAAAAACCUGAAUGUAAAGCAGAGCUUUGCAGUGAUGCUGGAACAUCCAAAGAAGCAGUGCUAGAGGACAGAGGUUCGCUUGAUGAAGCCAGUGUAGAGCAGAGUGUAGCCAAGAUGAGUCUGUGUAGUUCAGCUGAGACAGUCCCUCAGACUUCUCCGCUUGUUAUUGACUCAAAACCCAAACAGGCAGAACACACAACCUCACCGCCUCCGUUUUCAAGCUCCAACCCCACAAAAGGCAACAGGCCUCCGUCAGAUUUCCCUACUUUAAGUCUUCCCAGCACCCCUCUGGACAGUUGUAAUAUGAACUCAUCUAGUGAGCCAGGCCUGAACAUCACUGAAGUGGGUAUGAGCAAGAAAGGGGCAGCUGGGCUAUGUGAUCUACUCAAGCAUCAUGUGGCUGGAGCAAAGCUCUCUUCUGUCCGUGAGAAACUGCUUGAAGACCUAACAAGAACGUUGAAGGAAUGGAGGACUGAUGAGACUCUCAUGUUUCUGUAUGGCUCUAAUCAUGCACCUAACUCUUCCUUUACUGAUGCAAAAGAUGAGGAUGAGCUGGACGAAGAUGACUUGGAGGAUGAGCUGAGUGAUGGAGCAGACGCUGUUGCAGGAAGUCCUUCCAUGCAGAGGAGGUCAUCACCUGCUGCUGGAGACUACAAGGUGUUGCAUAAGGAGAUUGAGAUCCAAAAGAUGAAGGUCUGGCAGUUCUACAAGGGGAUCUGGAUCCUGCGUGAGGAGGCAGGCGAGGUGGUUGCACAGUCAGAGAUGGCAGCCAAGGACCAGGCCACAGAGGAUCCAGUUCUGCCCCUCAUUGACUCUCAAGCUCAGCACCUCAUCCAAAAACGGAUCACAGUGGAGAAGCUCACCAGAUGUCUGAGAAACAUUGUGGGUCCUCUGCGUCUCACCAUGAACGAUAUUUCCACCAACCUGAACAACCUGAUCAGGACCUUCAGGUUCACCAAUGCAAACAUCAUCCACAAAGCUCCAGAGUGGACCCUCAUAGCUGUCGUGGUUCUUCAUCUGUUGUCUGAGGUGUCUCCGGUGGUGAAAGAUGCCCUGCACACGCUGACAUCGGUGGAGUAUUUGAGCACACUGAUGUGUGAGCUGGGUCUACAGGAGCAGGAUCUCAUGGAUGUGAUCCAACUCUUUAAAAUACCUUCACACUGACAAAUGGGUACAUUCUGUGUUUUUUUUUUUUGUUUGUUUGUUUUGUUUUUUACACAUAUGCAGGAAAUUUGUUUGAAAUUACAUUGUUGGAAAAGGUGGUGUAGACUGUACACAUUUACACAGAUGUCAGGGUGCUGCCAUGCAGCAAUAUGCAGUUUUUAAAACCUUGCUCAAGGGCAUAAUGUGAUUAUUACAUUUUGUUCUGAUCCUGUGACUCUUUCACAGACAUGCUUUCCUUACUUUCAGGCCACCACUUCUUCAGAUAUACAGUUUUGUCAUUGUUGCUCCACAAGGUGCCUUAUGUGGAUGGAAAAAUCUCUAAUGAAUAUGAAAAUUGCAA